ACUUUCAGUUAACACAAAUAAGUGAGCAGGCAGCGCCGUAGCCCCCUCAUCAUGUCGAAGGGCAGGUCCUUGGAGGCGGUGAAGGUGGUGGUCCGAUGUCGGCCCAUGAACGAGAAGGAGAAGGCGGCUAACUUCCAGCGGGUGGUGGCGGUGGACGUGAAGCUGGGCCAGGUGACGGUGAGGAACCCCCGGGGCGGCUCCGCUCACGAGCACCCCAAGGUGUUCACCUUCGACUCGGUCUACGACUGGGACUCCAAGCAGCUGGACCUGUACGACGAGAGCUUCCGGCCGCUGGUGGACUCCGUGCUCCUGGGCUUCAACGGCACCAUCUUCGCCUACGGCCAGACGGGCACGGGCAAGACCUACACCAUGGAGGGCGUGCGGCACGACGCGGAGAGGAGGGGCGUGAUCCCCAACUCCUUCGAGCACGUCUUCACGCACAUAUCGCGCUCGCAGAACCAGCAGUACCUGGUCCGGGCCUCCUACCUGGAGAUCUACCAGGAGGAGAUCCGGGACCUGCUGUUCAGAGACCAGUCGCAUCGCCUGGAGCUGAGGGAGCGGCCCGACACCGGCGUGUACGUCAAGGACCUGUCCUCCUUCGUCACCAAGAGCGUGGCCGAGAUCGAGCAGGUGAUGAACGUGGGCAACCAGAACCGCUCGGUCGGCGCGACCAACAUGAACGAGCACAGCUCGCGGUCGCACGCCAUCUUCGUCGUCACGGUGGAGUGCAGCGAGCUGGGCCCCGACCGGCAGAACCACAUCCGGGUCGGCAAGCUCAACCUGGUGGACCUGGCGGGCAGCGAGCGGCAGAGCAAGACGGGCGUCCGGGGAGAACGCCUGAAGGAGGCCGCCAAGAUCAACCUCUCGCUCUCCGCCCUGGGCAACGUCAUCUCCGCCCUGGUGGACGGGAAGAGCACGCACGUGCCGUACCGCGACUCCAAGCUCACCCGGCUGCUGCAGGACUCGCUGGGCGGGAACGCCAGGACGGUGAUGGUGGCCAACAUCGGCCCCGCCUCGUACAACAUGGAGGAGACGCUCACCACGCUACGCUACUCCAGCCGGGCCAAGAACAUCCGCAACCGGCCGCGCGUCAACGAGGACCCCAAGGACGCGCUCCUGCGCGAGUUCCAGGAGGAGAUCGCCAGGCUGAAGGAGCAGCUGGAGAGGAGGUCCGGGGGCAGGGGGGGGAGGAGGAGGAGGUGGAAGAGGGACUGGCAGAGCCUGGGGGACGGAGGAGGCGCGGAGCUGGAGGAGCUGGACGACGAUGACGACGACGAUGAGGAUGAGGAUGAGGAUGAGGAGGUGGCGGAGGACAGCGUGGCAGGAGGAGGAGGAGGCGCGCAGUACUGGCAGGAGCAGCAGGAGCAGCUGGAGAGCGAGCGGAAGGCCAUCAUGGAGGACCGCAGCCUGGUGGUGGAGGAGAGGCGGAGGCUGCUGGGGCAGAAGGAGAGGAGGAUAGAGCAGCUGCAGAUGGAGCAGGAGGCUGGGGAGACGCUGGCGGCCAAAGUCAGGGCGAUGGAGAGCAAGCUGCUCGUUGGGGGUAAGAACAUUGUGGACCACACCAACGAGCAGCAGAAGAUCCUGGAACAGAAGCGGCAGGAAAUCGCUGAGCAGAAACGCAGGGAGAGGGAGAUGCAGCAGCAGGUGGAGAGCUGGGAUGAGGAGACGCUGGAGCUGAAGGAGACGUACAGUUCUCUGCAGCAGGAGGUGGACAUCAAGACCAAGAAGCUGAAAAAGCUGUUUGGGAAGCUGCAGGCAGUGAAGGGGGAUAUCUGUGAUAUCCAGGAGGAGCAUAUCAAACAGAGGCAGGACCUGGAGCAGUCGCAGAACGAGGCAGCUGAUCAUUGAGAACUUCAUCCCCAUGGAGGUGAAGAAUAAACUGGCCAACAGGGCUUUCUUCGACGAGGAGGAGC